ACCCGGGGCACUCUGACCCGGUAUGCAGAAACUGGCACUGAUCCCAAAGGCACUGCACAAGCUUGCACUGAUCCCGCCUCUCUACGCAGGCUGUCCUACGACCCCACCCGCUAUCCUCGGCUCCUGCCGGAGGCCUACUGCCUGUGCCGAGGCUGCCUGACCGGGCCGCGCGGGGAGGAGGACCUCAGCCUCCGCAGUGCACCUGUGCUGCUGCCCACGGUCGUGCUGCGCCGCACUGCGGGCUGUGCGGGGGGCCGCUCUGUCUACGCGGAGGAGUACGUGGCGGUGCCCGUGGGCUGCACCUGCGUCCCCGCGCCCGACCACGACGCGCCAGCUGCCACCGGAACGGACCGCGGCGGAAAAGAGCGGAACCAGGACCCCGGUCACGAGGAGUGGGACAGGGACCUACGCAGGCCUUUCCGUUCAGGAGGACAGUGACCUGGGCAGGUAUUUCUGCCUGGGCCCCGCCUGGGAACCUCUCCGUUGUCAGGGCUUCUUCUAUUCUAGGCGGAGUCAGCGCCCAGCUGAUGGGACUGAAAGGAGUUGGCUUAGUGUAGGGACCAGCCUCUGGGACAGGGCGGGCCACCACCGCCCCUGAGGCUGCUGACCCCACCCCACCGCACAGCGUCAGUGUAUCAGGUGGCACCGCUGCUAGGACAAGCAGGCCACAGCCUCCACACGUAGGUGAUAGACGCGUUUUAAACUAUCUUUUUAUGAGCACAUAGAGCUACUUAUUUUCAAUAAGGGCAGAAACUAUUUUUAUAUUAGUGAUUUUGAGUAUUAAAAUUUUUUCUUGUUUUAUAGACCAUGUUUUCCCUUCUGCUAGCUUGUAGAAGCACAGUUGGAAUCCUCAGAUAAACCUUACCGGGUGUUGUGUCCCAAGUCUCUGCAGCCAGCCUGUCCUCAUUGCUGGCACAACCAGAUGGACAGGGUUGAACCCGACAUGCCCAGCUGUCAGUCUCCAGGAGCUGCUACAGGGAUAAAAGGGAAGUGUAAUAGGCUCAGGGUACCCCAGAGCCCUCCCAGAAAUCCUAAACUUCGGUUUAUUUACUAGCACAUCAAUGGCUGCAGGUUUACUGAUUUAAAAUCUUUUUUUUUCCCCUUCACUUUUCAAAGUCAGUGGACCAAUUUGUAGGUAAGAGGUAAUGAGAUAAAGGUGACAGGGGGAACGUGACAUCCUUGCCAACUCUCAAGAACUUAACUUGGCUGUUUGAAGGGCUUCUGGUACUAGUCACAUAUGAGGGGGAAAUGAGUUAACUUACAAUUUCAAGAAAGCAGUAUUGAGCCUCUUUUUCUAUAUGUUGCAUUGUGAGCUAAAUCCUUACUUCUUUAGCCUGGAAGUCUGUCCAUGAACAUAAUGAUUUGUAAAACGAAGAGGUACUUUUUAAAUCUUUAAAACAGUUGCUGGUGAGGGUAUAUUGCUUGUAUUUCUUUCUCAUGGGCUCAACUGAGUUUUAGAGGAAACAAUAUGUUUAUUAAAGUCUUUGUCUUAACUUUAUGGUGGAAGUUUAAGAUUAAAUCAAGUAGUAACAUAAAGUCAGUCUCUUUGCUCUCCUGUGACACCCCAGCCAAGCCGAGAAGUGUCCUUUCUUCAUGUGUUUCACUCCCAAGUUUCAGCUGCCAUAGAAGUACACAGUUGAAGUACACAGUUUUGGCUGCCUGGGUCACCAUCAGUCUUUAUUUGAAUUGGACGCAAGGUUCACUGAGAGGACUUCCAACUUUUACUAUCUGGUGACAGAAGUUGUGCAUGAAAAUACCUUGCUGAACAGAAUCGGGAUUUUCCAAGUAGCCGAGGAUAGUUCUAUAUAGUUUGGGAUUAUUUUUAUAAAGGUAGCCCUAGUGGAGGUAUCUCUAGAGUAUGUUGUCCAGAAACGGAAGGUUCAGAGCAACCUUUUGUUGCUAGUUCAGCAACAA